CGUAAUCCCAUACCUUGCUCGCCCGGACGACAAUUUUGCACCGCCUUCAACAGCUCGGCCGAGGGAACAAACAUGGUACUGGCGAAUGAUCUUAGAUUAGAUGUGAAUAUGGUGAAAUUCUCUGAGGCUUCAGGGGUUCAUCCCCUAGCAGGAAGUAUUAAUUGGCCAAACAUAUACGAGACAUUUACCACAGGCGAGAUCCGGACAACUUAUGCUGCAACAGGUGUAUAUUUUGCUGGCGUUAAUAAUAGCGUAGUGCUAUCAGAUCUAGUUGUAUACAUUGAACAGAAUUCCACAGCACGCGUCUGGUCAGGAAACUUAUCUACCAUACUGCAGAACUUCAAUUUCAGCACCACACUGUGCGAAGGUGAACCAUUAUGCGCAAUCAACAUGGCAGAGAUAACCGGUUCUGCUAGAUUAGCUAGGGUCAGUAUUGUAAACGACGAGUUUCGGCUGGAGAGCAUCAACGUCUACAUGUCAUAUCCCCAUACUACUACUGUGGCGUCCGUCAACAUGUCAAUCACCGGGUAUAGUACAAAGUUAGGAGACGUGUAUAAUUCAACAAAUGUGCCCAAAACGUGGAAAAAUUCUUUGGUAUUUAGCAAUACUAGUACAGGAGACAAAAGGCAAGACACUAAAAUUCUUAAACAAGGGCAGAUAGACACAGUGUUUUACACAUCGUAUGGAUGGAAUGGCGCUACUGUGAGCCGUUAUAAGCGCAAAGGAAACGGCGUGCAGAUCAAUGCCAGUAUGAUAGUCAUAACCGUCUUAGCAGCAGUAGUAGCGAUAUCAGCCUGGUUAAUGCAGAGGAUUGAUGGCCUGAGUGCGUUUGGACCACCGCUGGCAUUGUCUAUUGCUGGUCUCGUAGAACAAGAUACAGCCAGUGACAAUUCACCUGAUUCAGACAAAGACGUUCAGCUGAGACGCUCGUCUAGUAGUUCUCGUUUGUUUCUUACUGUCAAUGGUAAACCUUUGAUGACAGCUGAAGUAGCGUUAAACGAAGGCUUGUCACUGAUGAACAAAAUUGAAAUGGAGAGGAAAACGACAACGAUUGACGUAAUACUACCAUGAUAUGAAUGAUCAAUCGCAUAUGCUGAGCUCAGCGAU